AUGUACUCCUCGGACGAUGAGCCUUUCAGAAUCGCCAUUCUAGGUGGGUCAGCAACAGGGAAAUCGUCACUGGUAUCUCGACUCACCGUAGGCAUGGCUCCAGAAGUGCAUUAUCCUACCCGAAAGCAAAACAAAUGGCUGUUUUCGUUCGACCCGACUGGAGAGCUAGCGCGUACAUUGAUGGAUGAACGUCCACAUCAGCGACAAUUGGUGCGGACCGGAAUAUUAGGAAACCUACUUUUUGAGUCACCACAAAUAACUCCACUAGUGUUGCUGUCGCCGGUCAUGUUCCAGGCAUUCGCCAAUGAGUGGAAGGAAACCCGAAAACUAAGUUUAAAUCAGAAUUCCAAGCAGAGCUCUCGAAUUCUUGACCCUAGAAACGAAGUCUACAACUACGAACAACGACAGAUACCAGAGGGGACUUCGUCUGACCACUCUAGAACUAUGCUGACCAAUUCUGACACAAAUAUUCGAAGGACGAUUUUGGCAAAUAAUCAGACGCACAGUAGUACUGAAUUUGUCCUGCCAAAGGGCUAUGACCCUCCCACGUUUAGUCCCAUUUCUGUUGAUAUUGUUGACACACCAGGGUUUAACCCAGAUAUGGUGGUGCCAUUUUUAGAGGUUUCCCUAUUCAGAAACCUUGACAAGGACGUUUUGAAGGGCCUCGCAAACGAGCCUAAAAAGCCCGUUUCAACGACAAGCUUGCUAACCGCGUCUGGUGCGUCGGAUCUCAACGGUAGCAUAAAUGGGUACAUUUUUGUUUAUAGCGCAGUUCCGGAACUCAAUCACGGCGCCGAGCCACCCACAUACGAUGAUGCUGGUCAUGAUGAUAAUUUGGGUCUCACUGCUUAUUCGUCGAAUGAUUCACGCCACACAUCUAUCACGCCUGUUUCGAGCAAUGCUAGCGCCGCGGAGAGGGAACCUGAUGGUGGGUUAUUUCUACUUACUACCAUAAGAAAUUGCAUUCUUGACGCGUGGGCGGAAUUCCGAGACUACCAACAAAGGUGGGCCGAAGGCAAAGAGGGGGACGUUUACUCAGUCAUGUACAAUUUUAAGCAAAUGUGGAAAUCUCAAAAGCAAAGGGACAAGAAGUUGAAGCAGUUACGUUCUUUCCACACAAAACCCAAUGCUGUCGAUUGGAAUGCCAGCUCUCCGAACUCGCCACCACCCUGCAUCAUCAUUUGCACACACGUCAACGAUUCGCUAGCUAGCCCUCUUCUGCUCGAGCGAGGUCAAGAAUUAGCGUUGAAUUGGGGUUGCAGUUUUGUCGGGAUAGAUAGUAUAGACAACUGUAAUGUUGAAGUUGCGUUAGCAUUACUGGUGAGGGAGUUUAUCGAAAAGCAGAAGAUUAUAAAAUCUGCAUCAAAAAACGUUACCAAGUGA